AUGACUACCAUUAGGUGCAUUUUAGCUAUUGCAGUCAAAAAAGAGGAAGUUUACAUGAAGUUUCCCCCCGGUAUGCCUUCUCCCAGUUCAACUCAUGUUUGCAAGCUUAAUAAGUCACUUUAUGGACUUCGACAAGCUUCUCGUCAAUGUCGUCCAGAUAUUUCAUAUUCGGUGCAGCAUUUAUCGCAAUUUAUGCAAAAACCGAGGUUACCUCAUUAUUCAGCUGCUCUUAGAGUUAUUCAAUAUAUUCGAGCUAAUCCUGAUCAAGGCUUAUUUUUGCAAGCUGAUCCUUCGCUUAAAUUGACUGUUUUUUGCGAUGCUGAUUGGGGUUCUUUCAUUGACUCACAAAGAUCUGUUAGUGGAUUUUUUAUUACCCUUGGUGGUUCUUCGAUUUCCUGGAAAUCGAAGAAACAAACCUCUGUUUCCCUCUCUUCCGCAGAAGCUGAGUAUCGAUCUAUGCGUCAAGCUGUUGCUGAAUUAAGCUGGCUUAAUCGCCUUCUUGUUGAUUUGGGUUCUCCACCUGAACUUCCAAUUCCGGUUCAUUGA